AUGCUGGCAGGUCACCUGACUGACGUCACUGCCCUGGGAGGGGGACAGAGAGGAACCUUGGUUGUCACAGGUGAAUCCGAUGGAAGCCUAAGGUUUUGGGAUCUGGAGCAGAGACGGAUCAUCAGGAGUCUGGAUGCAGUGGGGGGAAUUGUUGGAGAUUUUAUCACCCUGGGUCUGGAUGAUAGGAUGCUUAUAGUCCGCAUGGAACAAAGUCUACAGGUGAGAGAAGUUGAUUCUGGGCAAGUUGUGUAUGCAGAGAAUGAUUCAGUGGAUGUUCCCGUAGUCACCACGACUUGUGAAGGACAGCUGCUGGUGGUCUUCCAUGAUGGAAGCAAUCUAGUCAAGGUUUUUGACCUGGCCUCCUCCUGCUCUCUGCUGCACUGUGUUAACAUUUCCAUCGAGCGUGGGGCAAUCCACAAAGACCACUCCGUUCUGCUGUCCAGCAACUCUGUCAGAGACUACGUCCUCUUUGCCUACAGGUGUGGUGGGGAGGCAGCAGUAUUCAGUGCCAGAAGGGGCACUGUGCUGUCUGUCCUGUCUGCUCAGCACGGUGCUGCCUCGAUACAAGCUGUGGAGAUGACUCAAGACUAUCUCCUGCUCUUCUGCAGAUACCCAUACAAGACGGGCAGUGAAAUCAUUCACAUUGAACUCUUCAGCGCUGUCUCCUUCCUCUACCUGCGGUCUAUACUGGGCUGCAGCCAGGACUGCAUUUCCCAAGUCACUGUUAACCAGGCGGGAACUCACGUUGUGGCCUUUUGCGCCUCCCUUCGUACCGGCAUCACUGACCUGGUCACCUGGAACCUGGAAACUGAGGACCACAAACACAUCGCUCAUAUCCCUGCCAUACUGACUAAAGGCCUGUGUUUUGACCUGCGCUUCUGCCUGGGGAUUUGCAAUGGAGAGAAGUACCUUCGCCUGUGGGAUCUGACCACCAGGAUCAAUGACCAGACUCUUACCUAUAACAUCCAUAAGCAGAGGAGUGACGGCACAGAGGAGGUCAUCCCUAUGGGGAAAACCCUGCGGUAUGCUGUGUGUCGCUCCUUCAAAGCUGGGACAGUGUAUGUGUGGAACUUGACCAGACGGCGUUUUGUCUGCCGACCAGUCAGAGUGGUGCAUGGCCUCUACAGCAGCACUGAUGUGGUGCUCGCCCAUGACUUCAAACUUUACAUUCUUACAGACAGAGGCACAUAUAACACCACCUCAUAUGGAUUCCAGACUCUUCUGGUGUAUGAUUUGAUUAAGCGGAGCUAUGUGAGACAGACGAGGAUCACAGUUAUUCCCUGUCCUCAGCAUGAGUACCGUCUCCUGGAGGAUGGCCGGACUCUUCUGGGCCUAUCAGAGACCAGACAUCAUCUGAUCCUUUGGGAUCUGGACUCUGGCUCUGUUAAACACAAGAUCAAACCAUCCCACACAGAGUCACCUGUGUGCAGCAGCACUACCCGACACCUGCAGGCUGACGUGACACCACGCAGAGAGACAACAUUGAUGCCAUGGGACAUUCGGACAGAGAGCCAGUGUGCAAAGAAGAGGAGGCUGAAGAGAGAGGCACAGAGGGAGGAAGAGGGGAGCAGGAGGCUGGACAGAGAGAAGUACAACUGUAUCGAAGGGUACCUCCUCAGUGGAGAUGAACAGAUGGUGGUGUGCUCCUAUUUUGCUCACCACCUCAAUGUUUUCAGCAUGGUUUCAUAUGAGCACCUCUACACCUUGGAGGAUAAAACAUCACAGCUAAGCCUCCACACCGCAGCUCUUACCUACGCUGGCACCUACCUGGUGCUGACCAACUACAACCAAGACGAGAGGACCCCGUGCAUCACCCUGUGGGACUUGCACAAAGGGAAGGUGAGGAGAAGAUUGAAGAAUGAGUCUGGGGUUUGCUGUGUAGCUAUCUCAGAUAGUGCAGAGAAAGUUGUGUUUGGCGUCACAGGAAGCAACAGGCUGAAAGUGUGGGAUCCUUUCAAGAGAAAAUGUAGGAGCAUCUGUGGCUAUGGGAACCUGAAGAUAGAAGUCUCCAGUAAGCUGCACAUGACAGAGGGAGGAACCAAAGCCAUUCUGCUGUCAGGACAGUUGAGCCUGUGGGACCUGGAGACGUGCAGCAUCCUGUCUGUGCUCUCUCUGGACGCACAUGUCAGCUGUAUGAGGUUGCUUCAUGGACACAAGAUUUGUGUCCUUCUUGGUCUCAGUCACAGCCCUGCCCUCAUCAGCAUUAAGUCAACAUCCAGGACUGUGAGCUCACCAACUCAAGCCUCUGAAGACAGAGACCUGUUUGGAGAGUCCAGCAGCAGUGAGGAAGAGGAGGAGGACUUGUAGAGAACACUCUGCACACAGUAUUUUUCCUGGUGGACAGAUAUCAGAGAAUAUGGAGUGUUACAUGACAGAACAAAUGCAAAUGUCUAAUCCUUAGCAUCACACAUGAAGUGAGAAGAAAGACAAUGAAAUUCACAGACGAAAAUAUAUAUUCAGUAUUAUGUUAAUGGAAGACAGUGAUACUGAGCUGAAAGUAUUCUGCUAAAUGAGGUGAAAUCCAGUCACAACAUAGUUUAUUUCUUCACCUUUUAAUCAUGUCAUUUUUAAUACUUUAAUUGUCCAAGUGGUGGAAAGUAAACAAGAACAAUGAUUCAAGUA